UUGUGUUGCUUUAAAUGUUAAAUAUGUCGGUGUGUUAACAGAUGUUAUGGCAGAAUAAGAAGAAUUAGUAAGAUGGGUUAAAUAUCGCCGUUUUCCGCAUGACGCUUUUUUAUCCUACUGUUAACUGGGACAGAAGAAGUUAAAUUAGAGGUCACUGUCGUCCCUGGCAAUGUCAGCUGACAACCACACGUGAGCCCCACUGGAGGGGGGGGCUACUUCGAUCAUGAUGUUUUUAGCAACAGUUCCCAUGAAUGCACCAUUUAGUGUAUUGGUGGAGAAACGUUAAGCAAUUCUUCAGACGACAAACUUUGCAGAUUAGUUAAAGCGCUUUAUGUUGCAGGGGUCUGGGGAUUGUUGCAGAAAAAAGCUGUUUAAUGCGUUAUGUGGAGAACUUUGCUGAGAAUUCCAGAUUUAAGGCGGUCAUGCAAAUGAUUCAAUAGAUUUGUAGUAAUAACUUUGUUGUUGUCUAGUUUUAGCCUAGAGUUGCUGAUUCUAAAUUAAUACAGAUUCCAAUUAUAUGUUUUGUGGCAACAAUUUUGUCUGUAGCUAAUUUUUCUCUUAUCUUGUCUUUUUAGUUGUGAGUUAUUAUGUCAACAGGGAAAGAUGCUGACACAGUGCUGGACCUCCUGUACAUUCAGGAGAGUGAGGAAGUGUACAGGAAUCCCACUGAAGUGAAGAUGAGUCAGAUCGUGCUGCCCUGCCAUGCCAACCACCAUGGGGAGCUGAGUGUUGGGCAGCUGCUGAAGUGGAUGGACUCCACAGCCUGUUUAUCUGCUGAGAGACAUGCCGGUUGUUCCUGUAUCACUGCUUCUGUGGACGACAUCCAUUUUGAACACACCAUAGGGGUGGGAAAGGUUGUCACCAUCAUAGCAAAGGUCACCAGAGCCUUCACAUCCAGUAUGGAGGUGGGCAUACUGGUGACUUGUGAAGACCUUUACACUGACAGGCUGUGGAAAGUUUGCCAUGCCUUUGCUACCUUUGUUGCUAGACGAACUGAAGCUGGAAAGGUACAACUGAAGCAGGUGAUUCCUUACACACAAAUGGAGCAGAUGGAGUACAGCCUGGCAGCAGAGCGGAGGAGAAUGAGGCUCAUCCACGCAGAGAUCAUUACAGACCUACUUAGUAGCAGCACAUCUCAACUGGGCGAAUGCCAGGAGUAUCAAGAUGCCUUGCCAGCUGAGAGGACGCGAGUGGAGAGUGUGGAGCUAGUGCUACCACCACAUGCCAACCACCAAGUCAGCACCUUUGGAGGCCAGAUCAUGGCCUGGAUGGAGAACGUGGCUACGAUUGCAGCAAGUCGCUUGUGUAAUGCUCACCCAACCCUGAGGACCAUAGACAUGUUCCAUUUUCGUGGCCCAUCUCACAUUGGUGACCGACUGGUACUGAAAGCCAUUGUUAAUAAUGCCUUCAAGGACAGCAUGGAGGUGGGAGUGUGUGCUGAGGCCUACCAGGGCGGAGAACCUCAGCGUCAUAUAAAUAGUGCUUUUAUGACCUUUGAGGUGCUUGACAGUGACAGGAAACCACGCAUGCUGCCACGGAUACGGCCUGCACCUGGUGAUGGAAAAAGGCGUUAUCAAGAAGCCAUUGCAAGAAGGAAGAUUCGACUUGAUAGGAAAUAUAUUACGUCCUCCAAACAAACUCAAGUGCCUUUAUCUGUGCCCUGGGACCCAAGUAAUCAGAUAUAUCUAAGCUAUAACAAUGUAUCAGCACUGAAAUUAAUGGAUACCAGAAACAACUGGGUAUUAACGUCUGAGAAAAAUAAGGUUCGACUGUACACACUGGAGCAAAACCAUAUGUUGUGUUUCAAGGUGGAGAUGCAUGUCAGCAUCUCAGCAGAGCAGACAUUCCACCUACUGUCAGACCUGAGGAGGAGAAAGGACUGGGACCCACAUUAUGAAGAGUGUGAGGUGAUCAACCACGUGGAUGAGGAUGACACCCUUUAUCGUGUAGCUACACCCACUGUCACUAAAGAGGGCAAAGGCCAGGACUUUAUCUUGCUUGCAUCUCUGAGAAAGCCAUGUGAUGCCAGUGACCCAUAUCUGAUCGCUCUGCGUUCUGUCACGUUGCCUACUCACCCUCCCACUGAAGACUACACCAGGGGAGAGAUUCUCUGUGCUGGCUUCACAAUCUGGGAAGAGUCCAGUUUUGUCACCAAGAUCACCUACUACAACCAGGCCACACCAGGUGUCCUCCCCUAUAUCUCCACAGACAUCGCUGGCCUCUCCUCCAGCUUUUACAGUGUGUUUUCUGCAUGUAGCCAUUUCCUGGAGGCCAACAAGGACAGGCUGCUUGCUCUGCCAUCCUCUGCACUGUGACACAACAGGACACUGAGAUCACAAAGCUCUUGUCCUGGCCAUUAAUUUUUAAUUUCUGCAGUUUUUUUUCUUUACUUGCUCCUUGUUUUCUUCAAAACUAAUAGUUAUUAAGCAAGUGUACACAAUAUUUCUGAGUCUCUUUCGGCUUUAAAACCGAAAGAUUUAUUAGUCAGUAUAUGAUGGAAAACUUUGUGCCACACUAAUUUAUAAGUCAAAGAGUCAUAUUUUCUUAUACAGUUUUAAGUAUUUAAUACAAUGUCAGCAGUGUAUUAUUUUGAGACAGUCAUGUUUUAUUGGCCAGACUACACAAACUAUCAUGGGCAUGAAACUAGUUUAAAUUGAUGAACAUAUGUCUGAAACAGAUACUUUUGUUAUGUUUGUUUUCUAU